GUUUUGGUUUGUUUGGGUUGGAAGGCAUUAAGGCAACCGGAAUGGCACCAGAAGUUUUCUAUUUAUUUUGUAUCUUUCGUCCUUGGUUGUAACAACAAUUACAAUUUACAAGUUUAUAGUUUUAUCCACAACAAUAACAAACUUAAGUCUCAAAUUUAAGUAUUUGAAAUAAGUAGCUAAGUACUCAAACAAUGGUUGGAAAAAGUGGUGGAGAUGAAGACCCAUUAAAUGAAGAAAGAUUAGGUACAGUGCGAGAAGUUGGUUCACAAGCAGUUUGGAGUCUCUCCUCAUGCAAACCAGGUUUUGGUGUAGAAAGGCUGCGUGAUAACAUAAUGGACACAUAUUGGCAAUCUGAUGGCCAGCUUCCACAUCUUGUCAACAUACAAUUCCAAAGAAAGACAAGCAUAAGCCAAAUAUACAUAUACACUGACUAUAAACUAGAUGAAAGUUACACUCCUAGCAGAAUAUCGAUACGUUCAGGAACACAUUUCAAUGACUUACAAGAACUUGAAAUUGUUGAAUUAUCUGAACCAACUGGUUGGGUGAUUGUUCCAAUAAAAGAUGGUCGCGGUCGACCUAUUCGAACAUUUAUGGUACAAAUUGCUGUUAUUUCAAAUCACCAAAACGGCAGAGAUACUCAUAUGCGUCAGAUUCGGAUUCAUUCUCCUGUCGAGGGUAAAGAUUACCCAUUAGAGUCGUUUGGUAAAUUUAACACUGUUGGAUUUCAGAAAUUUUCAACUCUUCGAUAGUUUUUUAAGAUAAAUUAUUCAUGUAUUUAAGUUUUAACUACAUACAUACAUAAAUACUUAAGAAUUAAUUGUUUAAAACAAA